UUAGUAGCCGUCCUCGAUGUAAACCACUUAUGGACAUGCCAUUUUACUUCAUAGUGCAUGUUAUUGCUCUGAAUUCAUAUUUAUAACAUUUGACGCACGUGUAGUAAGAUAUAUGGCAAAGAUGGAUAUUAAAACGAACGCAGUAGGACACUUGACAGUUGUAUUGCUGACUGGUAUAGCAUUAGGCGUUACUACUUUUAAAUUAGACCUAGAAAGCCGAGACGAGUGUCGACAAUUUACAGCUGACGACGACGUCAGGAACGUCAUUAAAACAAAGCUGAAGUCGGUGGUGCCGUGUGCCUGUUCAGAAAAGCAGAUAAGUCUUGAUUAUUCAUUUGAAAAAAUAGGACACUGUUAUCGGCAAUGGUUCUUCGAAGACGGUGUUAAACAGAUGUGUUGCUAUAGAGCUGAUGGCAUGUUACAAAUAGGGCCUCCACAAGGCGGUUAUUUGACGUUUGAAUCAUUCUGGAAAAAUAUGUCUAAAAUACAAAGAAGCUGUUGUCUCCGUGAUACAACUUGUGACAUAUUUUAUGAUAUCAACCCCUCGGAUGACUGCAGUGCUUAUAAGUCUCCUUUACUGGUCACAUCUUUUGGUGAUCCACAUAUUGAAACAGUAGAUGGUGCUGUAUUCAACUUUGAUGGUCAUGGCGAAUAUGUCUUCUUAAAAACGAGUGCAAUAGAAAUACAAGUGCGACUGGAAUAUAUAUACCCAGGGAAUGUUGAUGCUACAAUGUUCACAGCUUUCUCAAUAUAUGAUUAUGCAACCGGUGAUUUCUUCGAGAUGCACCUCGACAGACAAAACAACGAUAUAAAUGUCUACAGUAACGGUACACAAAUCUGUAAUGCGAAUCACAAAGGACCGAUAUAUCCUUGUGUAUAUCCACCGGAAAGAGGUCACUGCCUUGUAUUAGCUGGCGAUGGUAAAGUAAUCAUUCAAGGCUGCGCUGUUAAGGACUUUGCAACUACAAUAAUAUUUACUGCUGGAAAAUUCAUGAGUCUCAGUAUUAAUGUCAUACGAUACAGUGAGAACAUAAAUAUAACAGGCUUAGCAGGCCACCUGGAAGAUAAAGCGUUUGUGUUUAGGAACGGAACUAAAGUAUAUGCUAACUCUUCCGCGCCUAUUUUAUUUUAUUAUGGUGAAUCUUGGUCUCUGACUGACAAGACGGAAAGCAAUUUCAACUAUUCCAUAACAAAUGGAAAUUACACAUAUUACAACGAGCACCAUACACGUCCAAGAUUCCUAGAGGAGCUAGUGGGGAACCUAACAGCACUGUUUGAAGGGUAUACCAACUUAAACAUAUCGCUUUUCAACACUACAUGCAUAAAUGACUGGGACAACACACCUAAUGUACCGUGCUUGUUAGCUAUCGCAAGAACAGGUGACAUUAACCAAGGCAUUGCUGAAAUGUCAGCAGCAAAGGAGAAACAUCGUAUAUGGGAAAUAUUACAUGAUCAUCCCCCAAGUGUCGCAGACAGCUUCCCUCAAAAUAUUACCGUACGAUAUAAAGAAGAUUUCAACUGGACGAUAGAUUUAAAGAACUACGUCUAUGAUGACAACACUGACAAGGAUCACCUUAAAUUCGAAGUUCUAACAGAACUGCCGGAAAACGAGUAUACACUUGACGGUGGAGUAUUUUCGUGGAUUAUCGGCACUGGUUUAAGGUAUAUAGAUACAGCUAUCACAUUUCCUGCAUACGACAAAUUCAAUGCUACCACAUAUUUUGGAAUGUCUAUCAAUUACUGUGGAUGCCAGGAACCAAGGGAAUGUACUUUUGAUUCGCUGAAUUCAAAUUCCACAGAUGAUGUAAACAAAGCAUCGUGUGUCUGCCCAGUAUAUGCUGAGGGAUUGUACUGCGAACGAAUAAAUGACAUGUGUCGAAGCUUUACCUGCUACCAGGAUAAUUGCAAUGCAACGGCCUACCAGUUAUUACCCAGCUGGCCAUGUGCACCUUGUCCAAAAGGAAUGGACGAGACGAUGACUCAAAAAAUGCAAAUCUGUGAACAUAUUGACGAGUGUUCUUUAAAUUACACUGGUCAAGAUAAAUGUCAGCAACUGUGUAAUAAUUCUAUUGGGUCGUUUACUUGUGACUGCAGAAGUGGAUACAUAUUAAAUGCUGAUAAACAUACAUGUGAUGAUAUUGACGAGUGUGCUCCAGAUUACACUGGUAAAGAUAAAUGUCAGCAAAGUUGCCAUAAUACUAAUGGGUCGUUUACUUGUAGCUGUAGAAGUGGAUACAUAUUAAAUGCUGAUAAACAUACAUGUGAUGUCAUUGUAGGCAAGACGGAUGAUUCAGUAGAUGUAAAAUGUACCAAAUCACAAUGGGAUAUUAGCGUACAUAUGGACAUGCUAAAGACACAGUACCCGGACAUCAGACCACGAGACAUAUUCUUAGGAGACUCAAAAUGUCAAGGAAGACUUGAAGGGUCCAUUCUUAAGUUUAUUUACAACAUCAGUAGCUGCAAAACCACAGAAAUGACAUCAGGCAUAACCAACAUCUUCAGCAACAAACUAUUCUAUGUCAUCUUUGACCCUGUUAUACCGUUUUUAAUCCGCCGACACAUGUGGACGUUUGCUGUAGAGUGUGAUAUUAUCAGAGGGGGGACUGGGAAUUCACAUCUACAUCAUGGCAUUGAAACACAUCAUGCAACAUACGUUGAACAUUAUAACGUCACUGUAGAACUUUAUAGUGAUCAACAAUUUCAGCACCCUAUAAAUGGAAAUAUCGGCAUUGUCCAUGUAGGCGAAGACGUGUACGUCAAGGUUUCUACGGCUAUACCAGACUGGAAUACAAAGAUGCGGCUACACACAUGUUUUACAAGACCAAAUAUGAACGCGACAAGAGAAAUGGAUGUUGUUUUGAUAAAAAAUGGAUGUGAGGUAGACAGCAACACACACAUUAUUUCACAGUCAACGCAUGAGACGAGAUUUGUUUUUCAAGAUUUUGAGUAUCUUACAAAUGAUGAAGGGCUAGACAUUUACUGUAACGCAACAUUUUGUGAUUCUAAGGAUUACUCGUCAGGUUGCGUACAGGCCUGUCAUCAAGGUCCUUCAUUGAUCGGAUGACUGUUCUAAACUCAAAACCAAUGAAUGGCACUGUUGAAAUAACAGUAUAAAAGAAAUGAAAAAAAAAAAAACAUCCGUGUGCUAUUGUGUGUAUAAUAUUAUUCUGUUAGUCAUAUACGCUGCUGAGGUUUUCGAUUUAGGUAGACUGCGUCUUUAGGGGCGUGACACUCCCUGUUAAAUAUUCGUCCUUGCUUUUCCAACUUUCCGCAACACUUACACCUUUUUAUCUGUCUCUUUCUCAUGCAUGAAUAAGAUUAAAAUGUACUUGAUUUUGGAUUUUUGAAACCACCGGUCUGUUUUGUGCUUCCCUGAAAUCUACCCUUUUUAUUUUUAUGUGCGUGUAAAACAAAAUAUCUUUAAUAAUUACUUUUAUUGUGUGCUGAAAUUUUGAGCCAAGUAUUACAGCUGUCAUGAGUAUUUUAACUUUUGGUACUUUCCAUCGAAAUGAAGCAUGCAUUCACUGAUUUUAAUUUUAUAUAUACACAUGUCGUCCAUCGACAGUAAAAAAGCAAGUUUUCUCAUUACUUUAACGCUACUCUAUAUGACCAGAUGUUCAUGUUUGUAUUGAAAUAUUAAAGUUUGCCUAUAGCA